AUGUGCAGCAAGGUUUCUAUGAAGAGUCGAGCGAAUGGGAAACUCACACAUCACAGAUCCACGAAUCCACGGAGCCAUUCGGAGCUCUCCAUGCUGCUCAGUGACCCGGGGCCGUCGCACAUUGCAGACGAACAGCGCGAACUUACAACCGGAGUUGGUGAAUGAAAAGCGCAGACUGAUCCAGUGCGCUUGAAGCUCAGCUGAUCCUUCUCCUCUUCGUCAUUGUCGUGGUCAGCGCGUGCGUGUAAAGAUGCCACCAGCGACAGGAGGGCCGGUGGGCUACACUCCUCCCGAAGGAGGCUGGGGCUGGGCAGUGGUGGUAGGGGCCUUUAUCAGCAUUGGCUUCUCCUAUGCCUUCCCCAAGUCCAUCACAGUGUUCUUCAAAGAGAUCGAGGUGAUCUUCAAUGCCACCAGCAGCCAAGUGUCAUGGAUCUCAUCAAUCAUGCUGGCUGUCAUGUAUGCAGGAGGACCGCUCAGCAGUAUUCUGGUGAAUAAGUUUGGUAGUCGGCCAGUCAUGAUUGUUGGGGGCUGUCUGUCUAGCACAGGAUUAGUCGCCGCAUCCUACUGUAACACAGUGGAGGGUCUGUACUUCUGUGUGGGAGUUAUAGGCGGACUGGGCUUGGCAUUUAAUCUGAAUCCAGCAUUGACCAUGAUUGGCAAAUACUUCUACAAGCGCCGGCCAAUAGCUAAUGGCAUUGCGAUGGCGGGCAGCCCAGUGUUCUUGUCCACCCUUGCCCCGUUUAACAGCUGGCUGUUUGAUCAGUUUGGGUGGAGGGGCAGUUUCUUCAUUCUGGGUGGAGCUUUGCUGAACUGCUGCGUUGCGGGGUCGCUAAUGCGGCCCAUUGGACCAAAACCACAACCUGCCAGUCCAAAAGAUGAUGGCGAGCCCAAACCUCAAGAGAAAAAAACAUGCAUUCAGACCAUCAACAGCUUCCUGGAUCUGACCCUGUUCACUCACCGAGGCUUCUUGCUGUACCUGCUCGGAAAUGUCAUCAUGUUCUUCGGCCUCUUUGCACCCCUUGUGUUCCUCAGUAACUAUGCGAAGAGUAAAGAGAUUUCCAAGGAUAAGGCUGCGUUCUUGUUGUCCAUCCUGGCCUUCACUGACAUGAUCGCUCGGCCGUCCAUGGGCCUGGUGGCCAACACGCGCUGGGUCCGUCCACGCAUCCAGUACUUCUUCGCCGCAUCUGUGCUGUAUAAUGGCGUCUGCCACUUGUUGGCACCACUCUCCACCGAUUACGUGGGUUUUGCCAUUUAUGCUGUGUUUUUCGGUGUGGCUUUCGGCUGGCUGAGUUCCGUGCUGUUUGAGACUCUCAUGGACCUGGUGGGCGCUCAGAAGUUCUCCAGUGCUGUCGGGUUGGUCACCAUUGUGGAGUGUGGGCCUGUGCUGCUGGGUCCUCCGUUACUGGGAAAACUCAAUGAUGAUUACGGUGAUUAUAAAUACACAUAUCAGGGUUGUGGAGUCAUCCUGGUGAUUGCCAGCAUAUUCUUGUUCGUGGGAAUGGGAAUCAACUACCGGCUAGUGUACAAAGAGAAAAGGGAGAAGGAGAGAAGAGCUAGACAGGAAGAGAGGGAUGAAGAGACGAACAUAGACAAUGCCCUGAACGAGAAGGCAAGGGAGGCGGAUGGAGACGCAUUGGAUGCGUGAGCUGAUGUUGCCAAAUGAAGAAGGACACGAUAUUAUGUGGACAAACACCAACAAUCCAUGUCUUUGGGUUUUGACCGUCCAAAAUGAUAAUCACAAAUAAUUUCCCCUCUAAUGCAUCACUUAACGAUUCGGCCAGUGUUUAAAACAGCACAAAGGACUAUGAUGCCAAGAAAUUCUCUUUUAUGCAAUCCCACACACACCUCAGAUGUUACCAUCACUCUCCCAACAUUCAUAUGAGAGUGUCUCUGUACCUAAUUUCACAAUUCACCUUUUUGUGGUAUAUUAUAACCAUUACGAGAGCAUUCCUAGAUUUUAACUCCAGAAUAACAGAGGUUAUACACCGUUAAAUGAAGCCACAAUAUGCACAUUUCAACCCUUUUAGAGUAUUAUGAUGUGUGACAUUUAAGGAAACAUGCACACAGAAUUUGUCAGUUCAAGACAUAGAAGAAAGAGAGAUCUUUGACUCUACUGUCUGUCUUCCAUCUUAGAAAUAGUGUUUUUGGACUAAAGGUCAUUAUUAUAUGUAGGAUACACAUUUUUGUUUUCUUUUUUUUUUUUUAAGUUGAGUGUGAAGUUUUUUUGUUUUGGGAUAUGUAUGUAGUCUUCCCUGUUGUGAUUGGCUGGUAGAAAAUAGUGCCAGGCUUUGCUAGACUGCCAUAUAAAGGCAAAACAGAAAUUAUGUCAAGACUGAUUAAGUUUUUGGAUUGAUUUAUCAACUUUUGUGCUCUGAACAUGGUUUAGGAAAUCCGGUCUGUCACGGGACAGAUCAUAAACUUGAAUUCACUCAUGAAAUAGGGCAAAAUGUGUAAUUACUGUGUUUUGCCAUUGCAUGGCAGAAUAAUUUUUUACAGAGCCUUUUGCAAUGUCAGGAGGAUGUGUAGUGAUUUUAAUUUGAUAGUCUGCUAUUAAUUUGCUCUUUUCUGUCAUACUAAGGGGAGGGUAGAGUGCUUCAUUUCAAACUGAGCCAGCAACAAACGGUACUGGAUUUGUGUUGGCUAGAGAUAAAGAAGACUUCAUUUCAAGUUCUGCUCGUGUUAAGCUGCACUCGCGUUUAUUUGCAAAACGAAGGUGCUUAUUCUUUUUACAAACUCAGAUAGGUGAAGGAAUAUUCUUGAAGUUUCCCAAGCCAUCCUAUUCCUUCUGCUUUGUAGAUUCGCCGAGCACGUGGAAAACAACACGACUCUCGAGUCUGCAAAAAGAAGAUUUAGCAGAUCUCAAACAUCGUGACAGUUUUGACUCUCUAGACUAGAGUGAGCCAAUUUCAGGUGAAAACAUUGAAACAAAAGGGAGGAAACACCACCACCUGCUGGCUGCUGUCGUUCAUUGUGAUGCUGCGGUCAAAUAUGUGAAUCAAAGAUGCUGCUUCACUGCAGUUUUUGUUUCAGCGAAGGUGUAAAUCUGUUCUAGCGUUGUUGUUUAGUCACAGCAGAUGGCAGUUUUUGUAUAGUGCACUUUAAUUAGGUACAUUUAAUGUGAAAUUCAUACUCUUCUUGAGUUUUGCGCACGCAGCAUUCACAGUGUAAGGCAAUUUAUUUUACGUUUUUUCCGGAGUAGAAAUGUGAGGGAUGUGUGCUUUUAUACAGUUCUCUGGUGUGGCGGAGUUGGUAAUGUAAUCUCAGAGCUCGGCUGAAUAAUAGCAGCUGUGAGACAAAACAGUAGAAAGAGAAUCGGAGCAGUUAACGACUCAUUUUCAGUAUCUUAGGUAAGAUCGGUAUCGCUGCUCCGACUGCACUUCUCGUACAGGAUCAGAGCUGUCUGAACUCUACUCCACUUUGUGUGCAGGUGGAUUUCUUUUUAGUGUUGGUAAUUGUGUGAAGAAAAAUAGGCCACUGCUGUGUAGAGAAAAUGGACCACCCUGAAAAAAUGCAUUGAAAAUGGUAAAGCCUGUUUACUCUUCUCAUUUUUCCAUCGUAAAAGUUCAAAGUAUUUUCAAAAGUAUUCCCACUUUUUCUUGUGGGUCCAUGUAACAGAAGUGACACUAACAAACGUGCUUUUAAAAUGUCUCCUGUCAGAAAGACGAUUGAUUCAGUU